GUGUUGUCUCCGGAGUGUGCGCAAACCCCAGUCGAGAGAGCCGCCUGUAGGGCCUGAAGGCUGGGAAUUGACUGCACUCAUUGACCUCGCGGUCUCAAUCCCAACGCCAGGAGAAAACCUUGGCUUUGCCAGACCCCCAGGUACAACGGGGCUCAGCAAAGGAGGUACCUUUCUCGGUCUCCCUCCCAACCCAAGCACUCUUGGUUCUGACGACGCCAAGACACUCGAGUGGGUGCCAGAGCCCCCCCCCCCGAGUGGGCAGCAGGGGUCCAGGGAGGGCCUCCAGGUUCCUGAGGACCCUCGGGUUCAGCACAGGCCCGACACCUUCUCGGAGUUCGCUGUCCCGCGCCGCUGGAGACCGUGCCUCCCAGCAGCAUGGCCCUCAGCCCAGAUGAUGCGCUGCAGCCGAGCCCGCUGUCCAUCCAGCAGACCGCGCUCCUGCUGCUCCUCUCUGUGCUGGCCGCCGUGCACGUGGGUCAGUGGCUGCUGAGGCAGCGGCAGCAGCCUCGGUCCUCGCCCCCGGGCCCCUUCCCGUGGCCGCUGAUCGGAAACGCAUCAGCGGUGGGCCCUGCGUUGCACCUGUCCUUCGCGCGGCUGGCGCGACGCUAUGGCGAUGUCUUUCAGAUCCGCCUGGGCAGCUGUCCCGUGGUGGUGCUGAACGGCGAGAGCGCCAUCCACCAGGCCCUGGUGCAGCAGGGCGCCACCUUUGCUGGCCGGCCGCCCUUCGCGUCCUUCCGCGAGGUGUCCGGUGGCCGCAGCAUGGCUUUUAGCCCCUACUCGGAGGCCUGGAAGGCGCAGCGGCGCGCCGCGUUCAGCAUCACGCGCGCCUUCACCACGCGCCAGCCGCGCAGCCGCCGCAUCCUCGAGGGCCACGUGCUGGGCGAGGCGCGCGAGUUGGUGGCCGUCCUGGUGCGCAACAGCGCGGGCGGUAGCCUCGACCCGGCGCAGCCGAUCAUCGUGGCGGUGGCCAACGUCAUGAGCGCGGUGUGCUUCGGCUGCCGCUACGACCACGACGACGCCGAGUUCCGGGAGCUGCUGAGUCACAACGAGGAGUUCGGGCGCACGGUGGGCGCGGGCAGCCUGGUGGACGUGAUGCCCUGGCUGCGGCUCUUCCCCAACCCGGUGCGCACCACCUUCCGCGAGUUCCAGCAGCUCAACCGCAACUUCAGCAACUUCGUCUUCGAAAAGUUCCGGAGGCACCGUGAAAGCCUGCGACCCGGGGCCGACCCCCGCGACAUGAUGGACGCCUUCAUCCUCUCCGCCGAAGGGACGGCGGCCGGCGGCUCCGGAGAGGCGGGCGCGCGGCUGGACAUGGAGAGCGUGGCGGCCACCGUCACCGACAUCUUCGGCGCCAGCCAGGACACCCUCUCCACCGCGCUGCUGUGGCUGCUCAUCCUCUUCACCAGGUAUCCCGAUGUGCAGGCUCGAGUGCAGGCUGAGUUGGAUCGAGUUGUGGGAAGGGACCGUCUUCCCCGUAUGAGUGACCAGCCCAACCUGCCAUAUGUCAUGGCUUUUCUUUAUGAAACUAUGCGAUUCACCAGCUUUCUGCCUGUCACUAUCCCUCAUGCCACCACUGCCAGUGCCCUUGUCUUGGGCUACUACAUCCCUAAGAACACGGUGAUUUUUGUUAACCAGUGGUCUGUGAAUCAUGACCCAGUGAAGUGGCCUAACCCAGAGGACUUCGAUCCAGCCCGAUUCCUGGAUGAGGAUGGCUUUAUCAACAAGGACCUGGCAAACAGUGUGAUGAUUUUUUCAGUGGGAAGACGGCGGUGCAUCGGGGAAGAGCUGUCCAAGAUGCUGAUGUUUCUCUUCAUUUCCAUCCUAGCUCAUCAGUGCGAUUUCAAGGUCAACCAAAAUGAGCCCUCAAAAAUGAGUUUCAGUUAUGGCCUCACCAUUAAGCCCAAGUCCUUUAAAAUCCACGUUUCCCUCAGGGAGUCCAUGGAGCUCCUUGAUAGUGCUGUCCAAAAGUUGCAAGACGAAGAAGCUUGCCAGUGAGAAGCCAGAGGCAAGCUGGUAUUUUAGAAUUGCUCAGAGCUUGGAGAAUAGGAAGGAAAACUCAGAAUUUUUUGGAUUCCUCUUUGGUGCCUAAGUGGCUUGCAGAUGAGGUGUACUCCACACUGAAUGGCUCCCUGUGAGCUCUGGACCAUUCGGGAGCUUUGGCAGAUUUUUUGAGUCAAAGAAUUAGAGGGCCCAUGGAAUUUUUAUAUACUACCAGAUUCUCAUACUAAGAAUUUCUAAAAAAGCAUUCUUCAGAGUUAAACCCCCCACCACACCACACACAUGCACAUACAGCCAUCUAAUGAAGGGGUAUUUCAGUAACUGACUUUUUAGGUGGUUCCAAGAUUGAGCUUCUGUGUGGAGAAAUAUACUCCAUGGAAAAUUGCAUUAAGCAACAUUUCAGGGUAUACUGAAGAUGCAAAGCCAAGUAAUUUCAAUGUAAGAUAUGACUGGGAGUGAUAAAGGAAAGGGUAGAGACCAAAAAUUACCUUCUCACCUUUUCAGUAAAAGAGAUUGUAGCUGUUUGAGUGGAUUUAUCUUUUUCCCUACUGCUUUGCUUCCCUACUUCAGCAUAAAUCAAAAAGUCACUUGCUUUUAUAUUCAGUAAUAGCAAACUGAAAAAAAGUCACUUGCUCAAAAAGAAAUGAAUAGUCAGUUUAAUAAUUGUGAGUUUCAGACAUUUAAUAUCAGUUUUAAAGUGUCAAUUUAAUAAUUGUGUUUCAGAGAUUUAUCAUGAAUUUUAAAGUGUCAGUUGUUAAACUGUAAAAUUCUGAGCUGAAAUUUUACCUCUCUUGGUUGCCAAAGUAUAGUAUUUCAAUUAUGAGGGCAAAAAAUUUUUACCAGUCUGGCUUUUGAUAUGUGAUUAUAUGUACUCAUUUCAGUCUCAUGGGCUUAAAAAACCCAUGUCAGCAAAUAGUAUUAAGUAUCUAUACUAUACACAUAUAUGUUACAUAAUUAUUCAUAGAAGCAUGGUAGUAUCAAUUAUUUUCAUCAGGAAAAGUUUCAAAAAUAUUUGUCCCACGUAAUAUUCUAAAUCAAAAAGUAGAACUAGUCCAAGUAUAUUAAAUGAACCAUCCAUUUUUGACAUCAUGAAAACCAUGUCAAAGCAAGAGGUCUUUUCCUCUUAAAAGACCUUAUCCAAGGUUUUGUUUUGUUUUGGUUUUUUGUUACUGGGGAUUGAGCUCACGACCUUGAGCUUUUGAGGCAGGUGCAGUGCCACUGAGCUAAAUCCCUGGCCCUUCUUAUCCAAGUUUUGAACAGUGGACAAAUCUUAAAAUUAUGUCAGUAAGAUGUUCUUAUUUCAUAAGUUAAAAUUAUAUUUAUAAUACAAAUUCUUCUUUCAUAAUUGGCCCAAUUAAUGUUAAAAUUCCAAACUAUUGGCAUGGUUAAAUUUGAAUUUAAUUUAAAAUCCAUGCUGAUUGUUGAUGCCAGUUGAAGCUGGCAGCAAUCUGACCGAUAUAUAGAAGGCGAGACAUCUAACCUGGACGAUAGUGAAAAAUGCCAUGUAUGAUCUGGCUGUUCUCUUCACUGAGUAAAGGCGGGAAGCGGGCGGGGGGCUCUCAUUGUAACUGACUAGUUUCUCUUUUAAAUGAUUAAUGAAAGUUCGGCAUUAAUGUCUGUUUUUAAACAUCAGAAUCAGAAGAUCCUUUUGGGAGGCUGUUUUGCAAAUAGAAUUGUGAGACAGUGGACUGGUCAUAUUAGGUAUUAUUUGUGAGCCAAUAUUUUGAUAGUUGAGAAAGAAUAAAGCUGGAACAAAAUGUAUGUAUCUGGACUAUAGAAAUACCCUGAAAACCUUUAGAAAAGUGAUGGAAGAAUGCAAAAAUACAAAGGGAGGUUCCAUAUUUUUAUUUUCAUUGCAACUAAACUCCCCAAAGAUGUUCUACAGGAUCCACAGAACUUAGUUUGCUCUGUUUUAUUAAGAAUUUUGGAAUUUUUGUGUCAAUAUUUCCGAGGAAGGAGUGCAUGCUGGUUUUGUGUGUGGGUGGUCAGAGAAAAAAGGGGCAGAAUGAAAAAGAAGAAUGACUAAAUAUUUUCCUACCCAUUCCAAAUUAAUUUAACUGAAGCACAAAAUUUGAAGCAUGCACAUUGAGAAAAACGUUAUUUAAUGUACCAGAGAUGAAUCUCAAGUAGAUUUCUAAAAAAUCCAUAACAUAGCAGAGCUGUUUCGUUUUGGAAUACUGAAUUAAUACACAUUUCAUCUAAUUUUUAUUUUUAGAAUUUAAUAGUCUUACUUCCUGAAUAUGAAAAAUUGUGCCAGUAUUUUUAAAGGCAUUAAAGUCAACUAUAGAAAUGAGGCAUAUCGCUUCUUGGCCUUUUGGCAAAGAUCAAGUGUAGAAAUGAGGCAUAGCCAACACAUAUAAGUGUUUUAGGCACUGGCUAUUCCAAAAGGUUAUGGCCCAGCAGGGCUCACAGUGAUGUUGGGGUCCUGUAACCUAUUUACUCUGAGAGAUGUGUAAUAGCAAAAAUAAUCAUUAAUCAACAAGUCCAGAUGUGCUAUAGUCUGUUUUUAUGCAUGUAGGUUUGAUUGCCAUCUGAUGUUUGAGGCAAAGAGAAAGCUGUGCUUAGAAGGAAAGAAGUAGGUGGAUGUGUGGAGGUUACCUGAUUUAUUUAAUACGUUUAUUACUUAAAGGAAGAAAAAUAAAACCAAAUAUGAAACAAUAACCAAACUUGUAGGCUGCAGUAAUUGGAUUACUAGCUUAAUCAGAAAACCUCAUUUUUUAUUCUGCCAGAGAUAGACUGUGUUUACUGAUCACCAUUAAAGUCAGAACAUCACUUCAGCUUAUUACAAUAAAGAAUAUGGUUUAUUACAUAUGUCAUUUAUAUAUUAAAGCUUUGACUGUUUAAGAAAAGUGGUUUUUUUCCAAGACAAAAAGAUAUCUCAGGUAUGUUUUGUGGAUUAUCUAAAAGCUUUCAUGUCCCAGAACUUAGCCUUUACCUGUGAAAUGUUACUAUACCCUUUUUUCAUACUAGAUCUAUAUUAGAUCAAGUAGUUGUGUAGCAGUAUGUAUUACUUGUGUGUUUUUAGCUGUGACACAACUCUGUGAUUAAAAAAGUAUAUUUUAGUAGAUGAUUAUAACUCAAGAAUAACUUUUUGUUUAGCCAUUUCUUAUUUUUGUACUUUGUCACAUAUGCUUUUAGUAUGUACAUAGCAGCUACAUGUACGUGGUUGUAUCCAAAAUCGAGUCCGAGGGUACAAGAUUAAUUUGUAGCUUUUAUGGUUUGCUAUAUCAAAUUUACAAAAUUUGUAUCUAUGCUUAUCUAUAAUGGAACACUAUUAUGAAAAUAAUAAAGUCACUUUUAUAAUUUUA